AUGGGUGAUUGUACUUUGGACACCAUCUCUGUUGUGAAAAUCCUACGAGUCUCUCGCGUUCUUCGACCUCUACGGGCAAUUAACAGAGCCAAAGGUCUCAAGCACGUCGUUCAAUGCGUGGUGGUGGCAGUGAAGAGCAUCGGAAAUAUCAUGUUGGUUACAUUUCUCCUAGAGUUUAUGUUCGCUGUUAUUGGAGUCCAGCUGUUUGCUGGAAAAUUUCAGUACUGCAAUGAUGAGGCACGGUUCUAUAAGGAGGAAUGUGCAGGUCAAUUCAUUAAGUAUGAUUCGGAGGAUCCGAAUUUACCCGAACUAAUGGAACGGCGGUGGAUUAAUUAUCCACUCAAUUUCGACAACGUACCCAAUGGCUUGCUGACUCUUUUUGUGGCUUCUACUUUUGAGGGAUGGCCGGCGCUAUUGUAUCAGUAA